CUCCGAACCUGGCACUGCAAGCCACAUGCAUACAUCUCGCCUAAUAAUAUUAUCUACCGCGAUGAAAGGCAAUGACAGGAGACAGUUGAAGGCAUGGAGAUGAAAUGGCCAUUCCUACACGGCCUACGCCACGACGACGACGAGCGCUUCGUAGACAGAGAGCGUCUAGGAUUCGGGCUUUGGUGGUACGGCUGCAGCGGAACCUUCGGCGUCAUUUCUACGGGUGGGCAGCGGCGAUGGAGUCGGGUGGCAAGUUCCGCUCUGCGCUGCGGCUGAUGUACCUCGAGUUCGCUGCCAACACGGGUAUCCACGGUCUAAAGUACAUCACCGAGGACGGCCGGCGGCCUUUCGAGAGGGUGCUGUGGGCGGUGGUGGUGCUGCUGGGCGUGAUCGGCGCGGCGUUCAUGGCCAACAACUUCUGGCAGCGCUUCUCGGAGAGCCCGACGCGCGCCAUCGUCGAGACCAACCACUACCCAUCCUACCGCAUACCCUUCCCGGCCAUCACACUCUGCAACGCCAACGUCUUCUUCCGGUCGCGCGCGCAACAGCUCGUACAGUACCUGUCCAGGGAGAGCAAUAUGACGGAGGCGGAGGUGUGGCAGGGCCUGGAGAGGCUGCGGCAGCUGGUGGCGCCCCGGCCAGAGGGCGAGCCGGAUGCGGAUCAGCGCAGGCUGGCGGCAGAGAUGCAGGGGCUGCUCGACUCCAGGGGAAUCACCGUCGAGGCCGCCGUCAGACAGGUCAGGCAGGCACUGGGUGGCGCGCUCCGCCAUCCGAGCUGCCCCAUCCUGGGCUCAACACAGCGGAUGAGCCAGCCGUGCGACCAGCUGCUGGAGGGUUGCAAGUGGAAGGGUGAGGAGACUUCUUGCCACAAGCUCUUCACUUCGCGACUCUCCUACCUCGGCUUCUGCUGCUCCUUCGGCUACCGUGGAGAUGUCCGCGUCACCGACAGAUCUGGAAAGGCACAGGUGGUUCGCUCCAAACAGUACCUGCACUACACGCGCUACUACAGCCACCGCAUGGGCCUCACUGCGCUGCUCAACCCACAGCUACACGACUACUGGGUCAACUCACUCUUCUCCAGUGGCGUCAGGCACCAGCAAGCCCACCUUGUUUAUGUGCAGCGAGCGCUGCUGAUGUGGUCUGUCCAGAUGCUGGUGCAUGGGCCGGAUGACUUCCCUGAGGAGUCGCUGCUGGAGAAGGUGCUGCCCCCGGGCCGCGAGCUGCUGCUGCGGCUGUCGGCCACGUUGUCAUAUUGCACGCGCGCAGUGCAGUCGGUGGCGCCGCAGGUGCGCGGCUGCGUCUUCCCCGAGGAGCGCCACCUGCAGCUCUUCUCCAGCUACAGUGCUGCCAACUGCCUGGCCCAGUGCCGCGCUGAUGCCAUCGCACGCCUCUGCCACUGCAUGCCCUUCUACUACAGCAGUGCUGGUGACCACAGGGAGUGUAAUUUACGUGACAUCCCCUGUCUAAACAAGUAUUAUUAUAUGCUGCGAACUCGUCGUCACCUGGAUGAGAGUCCAUCGAAGCAAAUGAAUGCCUCGAUUGCAUGUCACUGCCCCUCAUUGUGCAAUGUUGUAGAGUACGAUGUACAGUACUCGAGUGGUGACUUUGAAGCCAGUCAGUUCAUGCCUGAUGAGUUCUUUUCUGGCAAAAAUGUUACGGGAAGGAUAUUGUUCCACUUUUACUUUGGCAGUCAUGUGUCAACUCGAACCAGACGAGACAUCAUAAGUUCCUGGAAUGAUUUGCUUUCCUCGCUUGGAGGAAUCUUCAGCUUGUUUCUAGGCUGCAGCUUCAUGACAGUCAUUGAGCUACUGUAUUUCUUCACACUGAGGCUGUUUCUACACAUGAGGAGUUUCAAUACUGUCGCUCCAAGACGCAGGAAGAAAAUGAGAGUGGUGAAUCUCAGCUCAAAGACAGGCCAGCAAGAUGUCUUCACCCUACCAGUCCCACUGGACAAUGACAACAUUGUGAAACAUCGUUUCUUCUGACUUGAAACUCAUCACCCAUUUGUUCUUGUGUAACAUCUGUGGUGACUAAGAGAGAAAGAGAGAGAGAGAGAGAGAGAGAGAGAGGAGUGUAUACUGUGAUUUUUACUUCAGUACUGAUUGUGAUAAUUUUUGUACCUGCAUCUGUGAUACAAAAAUAUACAGAAGAAAUAAAAAGCUGAUUAAUGCAUAUGAUGUGUACAUAACACAGAAGCUUGUCUCAGUCGAAUAGAAACAGAUACAGAAUGUUAAAAAUAAAUGGUACUGAAAAAGUCUUGUGUUAAAAAACUGUGCCAUCAAGAACAGAGUUCAUAGCUGAUUCACUCACAUGUAGUGUCACAGAGAUAUCAUAGUAUAAUAAAUUAUUCAGAGAUUAGACAAGCAGUACAAUAGAAGAGAGAAAUAUUUCUGUAUUACAGUAACAAAUAAGUUUUAUUAAUGAUAAACUAAUA